AUGGCCGCCUUCAUCACCGACCUCUGGGAGUCCAUCUUCGUGCCCGGCCCAACACCCACCAUCCUCAAAGCCACAAACGCCACGUUUGCUGCCCUCCAAAUCGUCCUGUUUGGGCUCCUCGUCGCCACGGCAAGCAUACACUUUGUAAUCUUGUCGGUCCUGUGCGCAGGACUAUGGUACUCGAUUAACUGGUUCGCGAACGAGGUCGCCGUCGCACAGAAGAGGCAGCAAGAGGAGGCGGAGCAAGCAAAAGCCAAGGAGGAGGAUGCCACCGACGACAAGGGAGGGGAUGACAGCGAUACCGAGGUUGAGACUACAGCGAGAGAGGGCCGGCAGAGACUGAAGAAGAGAGGGGAGACCGGCGGUGCUGCCGGCCAGGCAAAGAACUCGGAAGUUUCGUCUGGGGGAUCGACGCAGUCUAGUGUGAGCACCGAGGAUGAGUGGGAGAAGGUCUCGAAGAGCGAGAAGUGA